AUGGCGAUGGAGACCAGCCUUGAGACGAUGCCCAAGAUGGAGGAUCUCGUCGCCGCCUUCGCCGCCUCCGUCACCAUGUCUGGCAGCAGCAACAACAGCCUCCCUGCGCCGCGCCCUGCUGCCACAGCUUCGACGUCGACGUCUACAAGCCCGGAGAUGAAGAUGGUGCUCAACAUGGAGGAGCUGGUCGCCGCCUUCGCCGCCGCCUCGGUUGGCCUCGCCGCCCCACCACCCAAUGCGCCGGCGACCGUGCCUUCCCAUACUAGGACGAUGAUGAAGACGGAAGAAGAAGAACGCGAGCCGGCCAAGGGGGAGGAGGCGUGCGUCCUGCGCGUGCGGUUCCCGGACGGCCGCGUCACGUGCAGGAGCUUCGGCGCCGGACGCCCCGUCGCGGCGCUGUUCAGGUACUGCCGCUCGGUGCUGCUCGGGGAAGGCGGCGCGGGGCGGAGGCCGUUCCGGCUCGUGAAGCUCGCCGGCGGCGCAUCCGACGAGGUGCGCGCCGGCUCGGCCUCGUUCCGCGAUCUCGGGCUGCACCGCUCCACCGUGCACGUGGUUCUGGCGUGA